AUGUCCUUCUCCAACCUCCACUGGUGCCCCUACGUCGCCGAGUCCAUACGCGCAUCCCCUCCUCAUCCUCUCCAACGGACAUACAUCAGAUCUCAAACGUACGAUCUCGAAUUGGUAUUUUUCACUCCAUCCCAAUCAACACCCUGCCAGCCUCUCCUCUUCGCACACGGCGGCUAUGGGUCCGCAUCCGUCUGGUACCCAUACAUGCUCUUCUUCGCCGCACGUAAUAUCCCGUGCUACGCGAUCUCCUAUCGCGGACAUGGUAAUUCUACCUGCCCAGGGUUUCUCCAGAUGGUCUAUGGCACCACUAAAGGUAUGCUAGCCAACGAUCUAGUGGCCGGCGUACAGGAAGUCGAGCGGCGAGAGAGCGAGAGAAAGGGAGAAGUCAUGGAGGGCGAGGUGGUGCUUGUAGGGCACUCAAGUGGCGGUGGACUGGCGCAGUAUGUGCUGAGCGAGGGGAUGGUGAGGGUGAAAGGGCUAGUGCUGCUGGGGAGUGUACCUGGGUUUGGGUCACUUGGCGUAUAUAAAAACUGGUGGUUCCGUGUCGACCCAUUCUUCAUGCCUCGUGUCGUGCUGCAUCUGUGGCAUCCGACGUCCCCUCUAUCCACGGAUGCACUUGUGAAGAGAGUGUUUUUCAGCGAUGAGAAAUCAGAUGAGGAGGUGGCGGUGUUUCGUCAGAAUAUGGCACCGUAUGAAAGCUAUUGGUGGCCAAUGAGCAUGAUGUGGACUUUUGCAGACGCUGGACGUGUGCUACAGAGCAUCAAGGGUUGGAACCAGGCAGAGAUCAUGGAGCAACUUUCUGCGUGGUAUCGGUCUGCGUUUGAUUCCAUGCGCAAGACCGAUAACCCUAAAGGUUCUGGAUCCGAGAUAGUGAAGAGUCAGAUGCGAGGUGAAGGGGUGAGGUUUGAAAUGGUCGAAGGAGCUGGGCACCAUGUUCAGAACGAUGUGCAAUGGGAAGACGGGGCGCUGAAGAUCCUAGACUUUUAUGAGCAGCUCUAA